AAGUGAACAUUCCUAGUUUUGGGAUCCUAGCAGCGGGCACCGACAGGAAGUACUUCGCGAUGAGCAACAAAACUCGGUCUUACAUUUUGACUACAACAAAAAUGGUUCGGCAUUUCCGGAGUAGAAGACGUGAACUGUGAUCAGAAAACACGUCUGUUUCCGAACGUUUCUGUUUCUGUUUUGCUUGGUCGCCACAGCAGUAGCUAAGAAAUGCUGACCUCGACUUUACAGCAUAGUUCGGGCCGUCGCCUGUAAACCAUCUCAGGCCCAUGGCACUAAAAGGACCGGCACCCCGCUUGAGACCACAUAAUCUUCUCUCUCCCUCUCCUUCAUGUUCUCCUCUCAUUCGUACACAUUGAAUAAGAACUGAGGAUAGGCGGUGACCAGCGGGACUUCAAGUGUUUCUAGCGCUAGGAUGCCCUUGACAGCAUCCUUCACGUCCUACUCCUUCACCGCAUGCACGACUGUGCUCUUUUAUGACCUGCUCCUCCUCCUCCCCACUGAAAUCGAUUAUGUAUGGCUUUCCCGGCCCGUACAUCCACUCUUAUUGCUGUUCGCAUUGAAUCGCUACUUACCCUUGAUCGAUAUGGCGGUGACCAUCAACUGGCUCCUGCACAAGCCCACUCCGACCCAGUGUCACCAGUUUGCGUCCAUCAUGAGCCCGCUCAUGGUCAUUGGGAUUUUGACGUCGCAGGUGAUUCUCAUGAUCCGCACGUAUGCAAUAUGGGAUCGACACAGAGCGGUAUUCUGGUGUUUUAUUGGGACUGGUGUCUUCUGUUUUAUACCGGAGUUAGUUUGCAUUGUUAUAGAACUCAAGACAAUUCGAUUCAUCGAACCGUCGUCCAACUAUCCUGGCUGCUUCAACGUCUCUUCAAACAUGGCCGAGACGUUCUAUAUCCCUGUACUCGUUUCAGAGACGAUCAUUGCUUCGCUCACACUCUUCAAGGGCGUGCAACACCUCCGCCGUUCUUCCCAUCCUUUUCUCAUCGAGUUUUAUGUCUCAGGGAUGUUCUUUUACGUGUGUCUCCUCCUCAUGACCGUUGCAAAUAUCCUUGUCCCCAUGUGGGCUGACAGCCUCGCACCCUUCCUUAGUUAUGUUCAGCUUAUCCUUCACUCCAUCCUGAGCAGCCGCAUCAUGUUGCUUAUUCUCAAGCAGAGAGAGAUGCGUUGACGCUAUCCUGAUGAAGAGCC